UUAGCCUGGCCAUCCCAGUCGCCUCCCUUGGAGAUUGGCCUUACACUCUUGGCCAAUGAGGACCCCAGCGUUCCAUACAUAAUCAAACUCCUGGAUUGGCAGGACAACCCGGACUACUAUGUCAUGGUCUUGGAGCGACCCAUGCCUAGCAUGAGCCUGUUUAGUUUCGUGAAGGUCCGUCAAAGGCUCAGAGAGGGGCAAGCACAACAUUUUAUGUGGCAGGUCCUUCAGGCCGCUAACAUUUGCUGCGCGCGCGGGGUCUUCCAUAGAGACAUAAAACUGGAAAACCUCCUGGUGAACCCAGACACAUUGGAGGUUAAGUUGAUCGACUUUGGAUGCGGCGAGCUCAUGAAGGACACUGACUAUGUGACCUUCAGUGGUACAGAAAUAUUCUGUCCACCGGAGUUCAGUAUCAACGGCAGCUACCAUGCAAAGCCGGCGACGGUUUGGUCUUUAGGGAUCCUGCUGUUCGUCAUGGUGUGUGGUUAUUAUCCAGACGACGAAGACCUGCAAGAGAUCAGCAAGAAUACGUGGUCCAAAACUGAUCUGUCAAAAGAAUGCUGCCAGAUGAUUUGUGAUUGUCUGCAGCCGGAUCCCCAGCAGAGACUUCUUCUGGAGGAUAUGCAGCUCCAUGACUGGUUUAUGGUCGUGGAGUAA